AUGAAGAUUAUAAUUUUGCUUCUUUCUCUUUUGGGGCUGACAUUCUCCACACCAAUCAACCACAUUGGUGGGAUUCUGGCUACAAGCAGCAGCAAAGAAAUAUUACGCCUGUUGCACAGAUAUAUAGCCAUCGGUAACACUCCACAGCAAGCUCAGUCCCGGCAAAGAGCUGUACUGCCUCCAGCAAAGCUGGUUCCAGAUCUAAACUUACCAGUAAAUCAGCCUCCAAAUGUGAACUUUCCUGUCCUCAGCCUACCACAGAAUCAGGUGUUCCCGAUAGAUAUGAAUUAUCUUUCUUCUCUCCUAGGAAUAUUAUCCACAUUGCCUAUAGUUGGUGGGGGAAUGACUGUACCACAGCAGCUACCUCCAGGGCAAGCAAUGCUGCCAAUUAUAGUUACACAGAUGGGACCACAGGGUGCAGUGCUCAGCUCUGAGGAAAUGUCACCUUCACAGUUUUUCACUGGACUUCUCAUUCCUGGCAUGCAAGGCGCUAUGUUCCCUUCAGGCCAAGCUGAACCCCCUCCUGAAGCUCAAGAUGGAUUUCUUCCAGUGGUCCAGGCCAAUCCUGAAGGCACAGCAGCAGGCAUCCAGAAGGUCUUCCCCACAGCCACUGAUGGACUGAAUGAGAUUCCAGGGGAGUUGUACCCAACUCCCUCUGGCUUCAGACAGCCAGACACCGGGACAAGUGGCCUGUUUGUUGAACCAACUGCGGACAUCAAUAUGGAACCAAGUGAGCUUCGGGAACCACCCACCUCUCUCGUAAAAUUCGAUAUGAGUAAUACGCAGAGCCCUCACAAUCUCUCUCAACAACUUGUGAGAGGAGACAGACACAUACCAAUAAACACUGUGUCUAGUAAGCCCCUGAAUUUGCCCUGA